GCCAACGUUGCGAGGGUCGGGCAGCACCAGAGUCCCCAGUGUGUCGUGAACAGGUGGCCGCGAACAGCCGCGCUCAGCCCCUCCCUGUCCGGCGAGAGAAAGAGAGAGGAAAGGAGAGCGAGCGAGGGCGAGGAAUAGAUGCUGGGAAGAGGAAAGCGCCACAAGUUUGUACAGCGGCCAGCAAGGAGAGGCUUCCCGCGGGCGUCUCAGUAACACAGAUCAACUCGCGCCCCGCCAAGUUAUCACGAGGCGAGCACCGCCGUGGAGGCUGCACGCAAGCCCUCAGCGGGGUCCCUGUGGCGUGUGGUGGCCAGCAUUGGGCGGGCGCGGCGGCGUGUGCUGUGCGUCCCUUGGUGUGUCGCGGCCCAAGGUCAGCGGUGUCGUCAGCAGCUCAAGGGGCCUGAGCGGCAGCAACGGGGAGAGCAGACAGGGAGGAAAAGGCAGGGAAAGAGUGAGUGGAUGUGGCGUGUGUAGGGCGUCCCGGCGGCGGCGGCGGUGGUGGAGGUGGUGAGCGAGCGAACGUUUGGUGAGAGGCACCCGAGCCGCCAUCAGUCAUCGGGCGCGGCGAGGCGUGGCGGCGGGACGAGUCAUCGGCAGCAGCUCUCAUCACCUACUGAGCGCUGUCGUCUGCUCCCGCUCGGCGUGGCGCCCCUCUCCCUCACCUGCCCUCCCUCCACUCUCCUCCCGCGCUCCUCUCCCUCGCCUACAUCGCCCCACUCUCACUCUCACCUCGUGCGCAUCCUACUGACGUAAGCACUGACCGAGUGGGAGAGUCCGGAGAGAGGUGGAGAGAGAGAGAGAGAGAGAGAGAGAGAGGGACAAGAAGUCAGACAUGUGUAGUAGUGACGGAGGUGUGCGGGCCCGACACAUAUAGCUGCCUCGCCGCCCCGUCAGAAGCAGUCCCCGCCGGGCCUCCUCCUGCUGCUGAGUGAGGCGCUCCGGCCCCGGAGAGUGUUGUGUGGCGUGUUGUGGCGCCGCCCUGGACUCUGCCGCAUCCCUCAGUGUUCAUGACAGGAUAACUCGCCACUCUGCGGCCACACGAGACUCAGCCGCCCUCUAGUGUGCACCCAGGCCUCCCCGUGGCUCCCAACACCCGCCCUCAGUGCCCUCCGGGAGCCUGGGGCCCCGCACUGGGAGGGCUGGAGCCCCAAGGUGCCUCCCUCGCCAGGACCACGGGGUUCCUCAGCACCUUCUUCUCCCUCAACCCUCGCUUACAGCUGGCUCAGACGACGCCAGCUACCAUACCUUUACCAGGGAGUGUCCCUGGCCGGCUGCUUUACGUCCGCGACGAUGAGACGAGGCGGGGGCAGCCGGGUCCCACCCACGGCACCCGCCCGAGGGCGCGCCCACGUCCACCCUCUCCUACGCCCACGAUGAUCAGCGGCGAGCAUGGCGCAAUCACUGCCAGUUCUGCCCAUCACGAUCACACGUCCGCUCUGCGUAAGAGGAAGCGGCUCAGCCAGGUGGUGCUGGAGCUGACCUCGCAGGCCGAGCGACGCUCCCCCGACGACAGGCCCGCCCAGGAGUCCUGCCCCAGGGACAACCCGCCCCAGGACAAGCCCCCAGACCCCGUGCCCAAGGCGGCACAGGCGGACAUAAAGCCCAUGUUCGGCAGACAGCCUGAAGAUGGAUCUCAGGGGCCCGGCCAGGAGCAAGGGGAGGAGGCCGGGCUCAGCCCAGGACUCAGCCCCGCGUCUGGCCUCAGCCCUGUGCCCGGUCACAGUCCGGUUACUGGCCAUAGUCCAGUUGCCGGCCACAGUCCAAUUGCCGGUCGCAGCCCAGUGCCAGGCCACAGCCCGGUGCCAGGACACAGCCCGGUGCCAGGCCACAGCCCGGUACCGGGCCACAGCCCCGGCGUCAGCCCGGGCCUCAGUCCACGAGUCACUGUUCAAGAUGAGUCAGGAGAGGAAGCCAUGAAGGUGGACACGCCGCCGUCGCCCAAGGAGGGGCCCGGGGAAGCCGGCGGGAGCGUUCACCCCCAGGAGGGGCCUCAGCGCUCUCCCGGCGUCAUCCAGGUCCAUAGGUCAGCUGACGUUGCCGGCGGCGGCAGCAGCACCAGCAGCAGCACCAGCAGCAGCUGUGGCAGCGCCGGUGCGGUCAGGUCUCCUCGCACAGUGCAGAGUGACGUUUUUCGCUUUGAUUCAGUGGACCGCGAGCGGUACCAGUGCCGUGCCAUCAGCGAGGAAGACGAAGAGGUGUUUUCCCCUGGCCCACCGACGCACUCUCCUCACGCCAGGGACUCCCCCGCCCUGGCCAGAGUCAACUCGGACUCCCCGAAGCUGUCCUUCAGUCCUCUGAGGAUCAAGGACCCCAGCAUCGACGAGGAGGAUCUUGAUUUGGACGGAAAGUCCCAGUCGUCCAUCGACGUCCCAGCGUCCACCAGCGUGAUCCGCGGCAUCCCGCCCAAGCUGAGCGUGGUGCGCAGCGACGCCGGGGAGACCUUCACCCACUACCCACCCUGCUCCUGCCACUUCUGCUCCCUCGCGGGCAGAGACCCUCACCGCUUGGGGCCCUCAGGCCUCCCGCACUCACCCAUAUCUCCACUCACUCCCACAUCCCCUCACACGCCCAUCUCCCCCUCACCCGGCCACAACGUAGAGCACUACUUCCCCCCCACCGUGCACCUCCCUGACCUCUACCGCCGCCGCUCGCACUCUGACUCUGAUCUUCAGCUUUGGUUUGACCAGAAAGGUCGCCAAGGCGAGGCCGGAGGGGUGAGCAGCGGCAGUCACAGUGCCGCGGGGCCGUCCGGCGAGCAGCCCUCCACCCGCCAAUCAGUGUUACGCACCAGCCGCCCCAUCCCUCAGCCCCUGUACAUUCCUCGCAAGGCCGGAUCCCUCGAGUCCGACCAGUCCUCGCCGCAAGACUCCCCGCUGGACCUGUCUGUCAAGACCACCGGGAGCGUCAAGACCGGCAGCACCUCCAGCACGGACAGCCUGGUGCUGCCCGGCAGUGCCCUCUCCUCCCCUCACUCCCCGCUGCUGGCGGCGCCCAAAGACUCCACUCCUCCUCCCCGCUCCCCCGAAGUCCCCGAGUACCGCACCACCUCCCAGUCGCUGCUGCCGGUGCCCAUCGUGAAGGGCGAUGUGGCGUCGUACGGCAAGGACAGCGUGGCGCUGCGCUACCCUGAGGUGUCCCCCGUGGUGGAGGAAAUGCCGGCCGGCGCAGACGUGGCCUUCGUGUGUCCGGUUUGCGGUCAGAUGUUCUCGCUGCACGACCGGCUGGCCAAGCACAUGGCCUCUCGUCACAAGAACAAGCAGCCGGACAACACCGCCAAGACCUACAUGUGUGACAUGUGCAAGCGCUCCUUCGCCCGCUCCGACAUGCUCACCAGACACAUGCGGCUACACACCGGCCACAAGCCUUACACCUGCCGCAUCUGUGGCCAAGUCUUCUCCCGCUCCGACCAUCUGUCCACCCACCAGCGAACACACACCGGGGAGAAGCCCUACAAGUGUCCACAGUGCCCCUACGCGGCGUGUCGGCGGGAUAUGAUCACGCGCCACAUGAGGACACACGCCCGCUACGAGCUGCACGAGUCGUCGUCCAUGGAGGAGGGCGGCGAGGUGGCUCGCCCCAGCCUGCCAGUUCGCUCCCUCUCGGAGGAGAACCCCGUGCCUGGUCCGCUGCUGGAUCUCCCCCCAGGUUUAGGCGGCGGGCAGGUCCACACGCCCCAGGGAUCCCCAAUUCCGCUUUCCCCGGGGCCUCACACGGGAGGAGCCCAGAGUGCCUCCGGUGCCAUGGCGGGGCUGGGGAUAGCAGGUCAGGGCCUGCUGGCAAGGCUGCCGCCGCAGCUCCAGCGGCCCAGAAAACAGGAAGAAGAUUGAAGGGCCAAACACGACAUGUCUGGUCCAUGUGUUUUUGCCUCUUAGAGGUUUGUCUCCAGCUGGAGGUCGUCCCUCCUUGGCAGGGAGGCCAGAGUCCCGCGAGGUGUUCUGGUGUUGUUUGUGUGGCGUAGGCGACCCGCCGCGCUGCCGUGGCCACGGCCAGCCCGUCGCCUGGCGCGACUUGGGUCUGGUUUGUCCCUGUCUGUCUGUCUCCCUGGCUGCCUGGCGCGGCUGCUCGGCCCCGCACUGCUCCUUCUCUCGCCGUGCAGGCUGUGGGCGGGGCAGGCCGGGGCCGGGCAAGCGUGUUGUGUCAGCACGCGGGUGUCUCAGUGUCAGUGGUCACGUGUUGUGUCGUGUGUGUGCCACGGGGGCGUCUCGGGCGGCGGGUCUGCCGGAGGUGGGCCCUUUGGGGGGGUAGGGAAGGGGGCAACACCACCCCUGUUAGAGCAGCCCCGUCGCAGGUGGAAGAGGAAGAUUACGGGGCUGCUGCUCCGCCCCCCACAUCAACCCCCCACACACAGUCUCUCGGUGUGAAGGUGUUGCCGCGCGCCGGGCCCGGGCGUCCUAUGCUCCAGGGGCGCCGUGCCGCUGGCGGGCGGCCGAGCCCCCGCCGGCAGGGAGGGCGCCACUGGUCUAGCUAUGGUACCUGCUAAUUUAAUAAAUAGUUAUAUUACGUUAUUGUAAGGUGAGCGCCCUGGGCAGGAGGGCGCCGGAGCCGGCGGGCGGCGGGUCGGUGUCUCUGCGGUGUUGAUCCCCGGCACUCGCCGCUUCCCGCUGUGUGGCGUUCCCGUCUCGGCAUGUGAAGCAGCGAGCCAGUAGGUCAGUAAGGCUUGAGCCGUCCAGGACCGCCGGUGCGCCGUGCUGCAGCGCGUGCCUCAGCUGGCUCGGGUUCUGCAGCACGGCGGGCCGCUGGCUUGCUGCUGGCAGUCACACGGUGGCGGGGGGCAGGGGCGCUGCGGGCAGCGCCGUGGCGGGGCCGGCCGUUGCAUCCUUUAUGUACCAUCAAGCGGUGGUCAUGUUGAUAUUCCUAAACGUUCUGUUCUCCUCAGUUCCCGCCUGUAGUGUGGUGGCCGAGUCUUGUCACUGGGUAGAGGCGCUUUGCCUACCAGAUAUUCACCAUAAUAUAUUUUGAUGUCUUUCUUUUCCACAUCGUCUGAGUCACGUCCUUAGAUCACCGCGACCACCACGCUGCCGCACGCUGGGCCCGGGGGCGGCGCUCCCCGGGCCGCCUCACUACCACGCCGGCGGACCGUCCGCCGCACCGGGGCCGCGGCCUCCAGUCACCCUGAACUCACCCUCCGCUCCUCGAUGAAAGACUCUCGCUCUGUAAUUUAUUGUACAUUGUGUUCUUGGACAAAGUGAUCAUAUUUUGUUUUGUAAGAAAACUUGACCUUAUACUUUAAUUAUUGUUUUAUAAGAAUAAUUGUAUUAAUGAGUUGACGAGGUGACAAGACGAGCUUCUAAAAAAUCCUUCCCCAAGUGGACACACUCCCUCGAGGGGCGGCCGUUAGUCCUUCCCUCUUGCGCGGCCUGACUCCACCGCUCCCUCACUCCCCCUUGGCGGCCGCUGCCUGGCGGGUCGGGUGUUGCACCGCGCCUCACUCCUCCGCUCAGGCGCGAGUUUUAUGAACGCACAACAAAAUGUAUUUUCGAUCUGAUUCUCCUGGCCGAGAGACUCUUGUCUCUACACCAGACUGACGAAUUGUGGAGUGUGCGUCACAAAGAUUGGAGUGUGAACACUUGACCCACAGAGCCGCGGCCACCACGGGGCGGCGUGAUGGAGGGGCGGAGUAUCCGGCUUCACGCAGGGUCGCCCCCUCCUCCCCCUCCUCCUCCUCCUCCUCCUGACAACAUUGUGUUCUGUGUUAGCUUCAGUCCCUGACAAACUCACUGCGCAUGUGCCAAAAUACGAGGCCAGUUUUUCCUUUUAUUUAACUGAUUAGCGCUCUCUCUCUCUCUCUCUCUCUCUCUCUCUCUCUCUCUCUCUCUCUCUCUCUCUCUCUCCGCCCGUCGCCUGUCAUUUGUACAUAUUCAUUGUUCCGUGAAGCUUCGUGUCUGUGUCAUUCACCGGUUACCUGUAACUUAUUACCUGCCAAUCCUUUACUAGUUAGGCCUCAUUUGACAUUUAUUUUCUUAAGUACAUGUUAUACUUAUUUAUGUGGAUUGUACAUAUUAUGACUAUUAUUAUAAUUAUAAUUACUACUUUUAUAAUUAACUGUUCUUUAUUUCUAUUAUGAUGAUUUUUUAUUUAUUUAUUUUUUUUAACAUACACACUCCCGUGAAAAAGACAUGAAUUCUUGUCAUAGCGAGAAGUUAAGUGUUAAGGUCAAGGUGCUCUUAGGUCUAGAGGGGCUAAGGUCGAGGUGUGGCGAAAGGCCUAAGAAGCAAACGUUGGAUAGCACUGUCUUCUGCCGCCGAGGUAGGCACCGCUGGUCAUGGGGACUCACUGCUACCACCACCACUACCACCACCACCACCACCACUACCACCACCAGUAGCCGCGCUCCCCUCAGGAAUGUUCCGUGCUGGCUGUGAUAUCUUGGCAGUAUGCAAAAGUUAAUCCUGAUAAGUAAGGAUACGAGCGUUGGCGUGACCUGACGUGAUGGCGUGACGGAGGAUCGGCCAUGAGGGAGCGCGUGGCGAUGAUGAUGGUGGUGGUGAGAUAUCAGUGUCUCUCUCCACUCCUGGCCAGCGCGUGUCCGGCCCAGCGGUUCCAGUCUCCUCCACUUGUGAUAGCUGACAGCCUCCUGACAGCCCCCAGCUCCAACUCACCCUUCCUCACCCCACCCACACUCCCCCGUCACCCCUCACCCCUCACUCCACCCUCGUCUGUCACCGAAGCAUCGCUCGCUCUUUGGUCAUUCAUUGCUCCAGGCGUCAGGUGUUAUUUGUUAAUCUAUUUUUACGAAAACCAGCAUUUUUCUAUAUUUUUAAACUGGUCAGAAUGUCACUUUUUGCCACUAGUGAUCUUUUUAUUUGUAAUCUUCGCCACUUUUUGUCUCAGCGCCCAGUGGGAGAAGGCGGAGGGCGGCUGUCCUGGCUCUCGGGGAGUGAUGAGUGUCAGCAUUUCAAUCUUAUUAGUAUUAAUUGUUGUUGUUAUUGGCAAAACAGUUAUUGUGAUUGUUAUUGGCAGUAAUCAUUGAAAGGUCAGCAUAAUGGCAACUUGUGCUGAUGUAUUUUAUCAUAAAAAAAGAAGAAAAAAGACGAAAGCUGCAGUCACUCCUCGCGGGUCCAGGCCUGCCAACCCUCCCGUGUACAUUGUUCAGUGGACGUACCAUCCAUCGGCUCGAAGCACCGAGAUGGAGCGGCGCCGUGGCCCUGCCUGGCAGGGUCUCGAGGGAGGCGCAGGAGUGUGAGGGCGAGCGGCGGGCGUCGCCGCAGCGCAGGUUGUGCUGGUGGUGCUCCACGCGCUCGGAACGUGAAUCGAACUCAUUCAGAAGCCAAUUACUCAAGUCCGAGUCUCUGUUCUCUAAAUUUUGUAGAAACUAAUAACAUGAGAGCAGGUGGGCGCCGCGAAGGAAGCGUUGUCUUGCCUUACAGUCUAAGCUCUAAGGAGAGUACUUUAGAUACUUGAUGAAGCACAUUGUACACUUGCUCAAUGUCUGGCCUGUUUAACUCCCCGCAUUACAUCACCAGCUUCCUGCAGUCACUGUGAUGAGUCUGACUGCUGAUGCGAGUGUCAAGCUCAUUGUUUGUUUGUUCCUCAUGAGUUCGAGGGUCGCUCCGGGCGGGCGGCGCGAGCACCACGUCUGAAGCGGUUGUGACUCUUCGUAAGUUUUUCUCCUCGUCGUGUUCAGGUGUUCCGUCUCCGCCUCACUGCCUCCCAGCCUCUACUCGAGAAGACGGUGACCAAGCAAACUUGAAAACAGUGACGCGUAAUGUGUUGCGUGACCUCGAGGGAAGGUGUGGGUGUGUGUCGGUCUCAGCUGUGUUCCCUCACCUGUCACAAGGCUCAAUAUGUGUGGCGUGACUCAUCGCGUCACGGGCGUUUCUCGUGUCCGCUGCUGUUAGUGUAGAUUGUUACUUCACUUGUUUACAUACAAAAAUAACAAAUUCUUAUAUAUAUUCUUACUCUGAUGGUUAAAAUCCUGUUUGGCCCCGAAUUAAUGUUUUUCUGAGACAGCUGCAGUAGUGAACCUUUUGUUACUUUUGUGGGUAAUAGAUUGUGAUAUGUCGAACUUUUGGAACUAAAACAUAUACUAUAUAUUUGCAUAUUUGCUUGAUGUAAAACACACAAAAAAUAUAAUUAAUCGGUAAGAUUGAUUGAUUUUAACGCGACAAAAAUCUAUGUAUUGUCUUCGCCUUGUCUGGCCUUUAAAUCAGUCUCGAGGCCUCGACCCAGCACCCAAACCCUUGAAUCCAGUACAACUGUGCUUCAGCCUUUAUGAAAGUUAUCGACAAGUGAAUGUAGGGACUCAUAAACACACACACACACACACACACACAUUGGCUGUUCAGAGAUUUUAUCUCCCUGGUGUUAGGAAACGCGGGGUCGUUAUCUCAGUAGCGGGAGUUGUUGGUUCGUAAUCACUCAUUCGAAUCAGUUCAAAACGCCGCCAGUGACCCACCCACCCCCUUAGUAAACCCAGGAUAUGUGUACAUAAUAUACAUAAAAUAAAAUAAAUAUAUAUAAAUAUAUAUAUAUAUAUAUAGAUCAAGAGUUUCCAUAAUUAGACGUUCAAAAAACACCACCAUACGUGUUACCUGUCCCCCGAAGCCCGUUAAUUAAGCACGCACCUGCUCCACCACGACGAAAUUCUUAACUCUUAGGUCAUUAUAUUUUUGUCAAACCCUGUCAUCUGCGAGGGACUUAAUCUCCUGUUGGUCAAAAUUUGCUGUACAUUCACCAGACUUGCAAAUAAAGGACAAUAUAUAAUAAUAACAAUAAUAAUAAUACAUAAUGAUAAUAAUGUUAAAACAAAGCUUCAUGUCAGCUGCUUCAAUGCUUCAUCGAGACGAGAUUCAGUGCCCAAAUACUCAAAUUCAUUCGAUAUAUCGUUAUUUUCACCAUCACCACCACCAUCACCACCAAUCCCUUUGCUCGCCGUCGGGUGUUGUCGAUCCUUGCUGGCCGGGACGAGUGGCGGGCGUGCCGGGCCCUGCACUGCUGCGGCGCGACGGGCGGCCUUUUGUGUUCCCUUCAGCGCCUUCCAACAGUAGUUCUGAUUUUUGCAUUAAAGUGCUGACAUUUAAAAGUACACCAAAAAGACAUAGCUUGAGUUUGUGUCAUGGAUCUGGGUAGUUUUUACACUGCGGAAUGUAAGUGGAGUUUUUUUUAUUAUUCGUUUACAGUUGUUACGGUCGUUCCUUUCUGUAGGGUGUCAUGUAAGGUGUUUAGAAGGUUGCCGUCACGCCGCCAGUGUUCAUAACUCACCCACAGAAGUCCGAGGUAGACAUGGGUUGUACAAAACACGUAAUAAAAUCAAGCAAGCCUCGUCUCCAGACCACCUGCCCAACACCCAACACCCAACCCACGCUGCUUCACUGCUCCAGCCCGACCGAGGUGUUUCACUUCACGUAGCUUCGAUCUGUUACGUUAGGUUUUCUUUCAUUCUUUGAACGAAAGUCACUUGCCCCAAAACUCUACUAAUGUUACCAAGGAUCUUCUUACAUUUGUCCUGAAUUCUUAAGUGCUGUUAUGUUGAUGACUGUCGGUCCUGUCCCGCGAGGCCUGUGGAGCAUGUGUAGGUUGAGAUAUUUUAGUUGAAGACCAACCACGGACCGCGCGUCGAGACCUCCUCACUCUUGCCUCGAGUUGGACUUCAGGUGCUCGAUGCCUCCCGACCUGGCGCGGGCUGGACUCUGUAACUUACUGCCUAUUUUAUUUUUACAAUUUCACGAUACAAUGUACAUGUUCUACCAUUGUGGCUGUUUAUUAUUAUUACCGUUUAUAAUUAAAUUAUUUGUGUGGUGAUAUUUUACACCUGAUAUCAUGUUUACGAGCAGAUUUUAAGUACACUUCUCAUAGGCCUUUAUUUCUCAAACUGUGACACUGAGGCGCGCUCGACAAUUGGCGGGGUGCGGCGCUCCCUGCGACAGGAUUGUCUAGCGCGUCCUUCUGAGACGUGAAGAGCAGUUUUUGGGUCAGUUCAUCCCCUCCCAUCAGACUUUCGCAAAAUUCAGCCUGACAGCCAGCGUGUUCCAUGUCUAAAAUGCCAUAACUCCAUUCAUGAAGAUCGUCUUUUCGAUCUCGCUUGUGUGUCACGAGAGUCUGGUUUGGCGCGAAGCUAAAGUUGCGGCAACUUGAUGUCUUAUCACGGUGGCGUCUGGUCCUGGCGUGGCCUUGACGCCUUGCUGUACCGAAGCCUCAAAACUGCUGCUUCAGGUCCUCGUUCUUGCUCAACGUGCGUGGCUGCCGUGUGGACCAGAGACAAGGGGCCUGCAAGGAGGGAGGGGGGGACGCAGGCGCGCCCCCACUCCCUCCGCGCCCCUCCACCAACACCACCUUCACUCACCAAAAUGGAAAUUCACCCACACAGCCCCACCUCCACAGCUCCCCAUUGGUGCGGGAGACAACCCAGCAGCUCGUCCACACGGUACGACCCUCGCCCCAAAGUGUUUCACUGAACACAAAUAUUUAAGUCCACGCCGACGACGGAAUCGGGAAGACUUAGGCUAAAUAUACAAAUGUCAUAGUAAUGAUAAUAAUGAUAAUACCCUUCAAUUCGCCUCCUCAAGUCAAAACAAAUAAUGGAUCUGUGUUGUUGUUUUGUUCGUAGGUAAUAAUUGCCUUGGACGCGGCGGUAAACACUGCUGAAGAAAGAAAGGAAGGAAGGAGGAGAGGAGGAGGAGGAGGAGGAGGGAAGCAGUGUUGUCCGUGUUUAGCUUAAUGAGUGUUUCCCCGUGAGUGUACCAUUAGUGUUGAUUUUUGUUGGGCGGAUGUUCCCACCCUUCAUUUGGCGAAAUGUCCCAAAAUCGUGAGUGUUCCCGGUCCGUUGCGACGUUGGACACUGUACCCAACCUGUCCCGCGCGUAAGACACGAAAAAAAAUAACAAAAAAAUAUCACUCUAGAGCUUUGAAUAGUUCCAAAUAUAUUUUGAAUAAACAUGGGAUUUUUGUCACA